UCAGCAAAUAUGAUAGUCAAUAAAGAACUUGCGCAAAGGCUUUAUAAUAAUAAACAUACUUCUACUAAUCUUGAUUCUGGUUAUGAAUCUAACACUACAUUCUUUUUCCAAAGUAAUUUGAUGAUACUAUCGCAGAAGAAACAGAAUGACUUGUUUGGUGUUG